CCGCGUUCAAGUCGCUGAUCCCUUUCUCAAUUACUACAACUUACAGACCCCAGUCCGACGAGAUCCGACGGGUCCAACGAUUUACAUCUCACCUCACGGCACUUUACAUAACGUUUGCUAUCUAGUAUCUCCCUUACGCGAUGUCACCAAUCGGCCCCGGAAAGUGGAACCGGCGUGACAACUCUGGGGGACCCCGCGUGCCCUAUACAUGUCGUUGGCGAUAUCGGUUGCAGGCUGCAGACCGAUAACUCUGUAGAACUUUUCGGCUGCGGUGUUGGAGAUCCAAGUUUGGACGACGACGUUUGCGGGGAUCGCAGACGGCAAGACGAGAUAAUCGAUUACGGUCUGCACCAAGAUAGUCGCUAGCCCCUGUUGUCGAUGAUCCGGAAGCACCCCAAGAGUGAGAAUCUCGACAUAUCUGUCGGUAUGUACGAUAGCCGAGAUGAAUCCAACAAGUUUCAGGUUAUUUUCAGCAACGAGACAUAUGCGUCCUGCCUGUAUGAGGAGCUGCAGGAAGAAUGACGAUGGGUAUGUUCCGGGCAGCAGGUCCCUCUGGCGUCAUCGAACAGUGAGCAAAUCAGCUCGUGUGACUGGGAAAUUGUUCCCUACGUGCAUUUGGCGAAUGAUGGGCACGUCUUGAGCACACAUGGGUCGGACGAGGGCCAUUACAGAUUGACUGCGCGAGGUCGUCUGAGGGGUCUCUUUAAUAGGAACAUGGUAUUUCAGAUGCAAGAGAUAUCAGGGGGGUUGAAGUGUGUAUUUAAGGAACACGGCGCACACGAUUGUCAUGCCUGGUAAACAUGUGAUGAGCAACGAGCGGCUUGGUGUUCUUCUGCAACGUCGUCAGCGCUGAGCACCGUCGGCGGACUGUUCUCAGCUCUCCAACUUGUCUGCUAUUCAAAGCCCAGGCCACAAGACCCGUACGAUUGGAUCGCAGACAACCUCAGGAGCUGAAAACGGGGAAUGAUCCUGUGACUCCGGGGAAAGGCAAUUCCUACGGUAGCAAUCGAUCGGCCCUGCGCGGGGCCCCGCCGCCAAGCGGCUUUCGGGACAAACCGGGAGAGAGAGGAGGGGUGUUACAUCUGGAAGGAUCGAUGUACUCUGUUUUCCGGAGUAUAAAACCAUUCUGUCACAUCCCAGCUCCACCAAGACACUUUGUGCCUUUUUCAGCCCGUUACAAGUUUACUCGUCUUUCCCAUUCAUCCACCAUGGCCCCCCACACACCCUACGUGACGCCCCACAUCCUCCACAAGAACUAUGCCCAGGCCCACGACUCUGAGCAGUUCAGUACCCUCAUCGGCCGUGAUCUCGAAUACUUCUCCCAGGCCGGUUUCGAUAUGGACCGGAUCCAGAUCAAGCGCAACGCACCUGUAGCUCUACUUUAUGAAGAUGCGAUCCGCAACGAAGGCGCCAUCAUCUCCUCUACCGGAGCUCUGAUCAACUUCAGUGGCAAGAAGACCGGACGUAGCCCGAAGGACAAGCGUAUUGUCUACGAGGACUCCAGCAAGGAUGACAUCUGGUGGGGUUCUGUGAACAUCAAAUUGGAUGAGCACACGUUUGAAAUCAACCGUGAACGUGCCAUUGACUACCUCAAUACCCGCGACAACGUCUAUGUGUUCGACGGAUACGCUGGUUGGGAUCCCAAGUACCGCAUUAAGGUCCGAGUAAUCUGUGCCAGGGCAUACCAUGCGCUAUUCAUGAACAACAUGCUUAUCCGACCAACUGAGGAGCAGUUGGCAGACUUUGGCGAACCUGACUUCAUCAUCUAUAAUGCUGGCCAGUUCCCUGCCAACCGAUUCACCAAGGGCAUGAGCUCUACGACCUCGGUUGAGAUCAACUUCAAGCGAAUGGAAAUGGUCAUCUUGGGAACUGAAUAUGCCGGCGAGAUGAAGAAGGGCGUGUUCUCCGUCAUGCAUUAUCUGCAACCCGUCAAAUUUGGCCAGCUGUCUCUGCACUCAUCAGCGAACGUUGGAAUCGAAAACAACGAUGUGACGCUUUUCUUCGGUCUCUCUGGAACAGGCAAAACAACGUUGUCUGCCGACCCCAAUCGUCUGCUGAUUGGUGAUGAUGAGCAUGUCUGGAGUGACUCGGGCGUGUUCAACAUUGAGGGUGGCUGCUAUGCCAAGUGCAUCAACCUGUCAGCAGAGAAGGAGCCUGAGAUCUUCAACGCCAUCAGAUUUGGCAGCAUUCUGGAGAAUGUUGUGUACAACCCCGUCUCUCGUGUGCCUGACUACGAUGAUGUCAGCAUCACCGAGAACACACGUUGCGCCUAUCCCAUCGAGUCCAUCCCGAAUGCGAAGAUUCCGUGUGUGGUCGACCGCCAGCCAAGCAACAUCAUCAUGCUCACCUGCGAUGCCUUUGGUGUGCUCCCGCCUGUGAGCAAACUGACGGCUGAGCAAGCCAGCUACCACUUCCUCGCUGGAUACACAUCGAAGACGCCUGGAACAGAAGAUGGUGUGCUGGAACCGAUUCCCACAUUUUCGACCUGCUACAGCGCACCCUUCAUCGUGCUGCACCCCGGCCGCUACGCUGAAAUGCUGGCCGAGCGCAUGGCCAAGCAUCAGGUCAACUGUUGGUUGAUCAACACUGGCUGGACCGGCGGCAAGUACGGAACAGGCAAGCGUUGCCCGCUCAAGUUCACCCGCGCCAUCGUCGAUGCUGUGCACUCCGGCGAGCUCGCCAAGGCUGAGUACGAGAACUUCGGGACCUUCAAUCUGUCCAUCCCCAAGAACAUCGAGGGCGUCCCGAAGGAGCUCUUGAAUCCUCAGACUGCCUGGUCCGACAAGGAGGCCUUCCAGCGGGAAGUGCGCAAGUUGGCCGGCAUGUUCCAGAAGGCCUUUGCCUUGUACGAGAAAGAUGUCGAUCUCAAGGUUCGCAUGGCCGGUCCCCAACUGUAGGAUAGAUGUAUGUUUCCGUAUUUCCAAUUAAAUAGGACUAAGUAAUGGAGUCGACGGACAAACUAACUCACGUCUGACACAAUCGAAAUGACGAGGUCGGCCGGAAAUUACCGAAGCACCCAGUCGUAUGCGCCUCUUACUAAAUGACUCGAUAAUCUUUCAUCCAUGAAGGUCGCUAUCGUCGGCGGAGGCGCUGCUGGCUUUUAUGUUGCCUCGCGUCUCCUGACGCGCCAUGCGUCUGCCCGUGUGCACGUCUUCGACCGCCUAUGGGCUCCGCACGGGCUCGUCCGAUACGGUGUCGCACCAGACCACCCCGAAGUCAAAAACUGUACCCACAAAUUCGACGAAGUGGCGACCAAUCCCCGAUUCCGGUUUUAUGGCAAUGUCAAUGUUGGAGAAGAUGUGUCUCUCCAGCACGUUGCCCGAACAUACUCUCAUCUCGUCUUUGCGACGGGCUGCGGUUUGCCAGUCGAACACCCGACGCUUCCUCGGUCCGAAUGGUGUAUGCCUGCGCUCGAAUUCGUCCACUGGUACACACGGCAUCCUUCUGCUCCUCGCGUUCCUCCUGCACUGGAUAAAAUGACUCGCGUUGCAUUGAUAGGGAAUGGGAAUGUUGCAUUGGACGUAGCUCGGAUGCUGCUCUCCGAACCAGGUCGCUUGGCCCCCUACGACGUCCCACAAUCAGUUCUCGAGGUGCUGUCGCGGUCGAAGGUCUCGCACGUCGACAUCGUCGCUCGACGCGGGCCCCUUCAAUCUGCUUUCACAGCAAAGAGCUGCGCGAGCUGUUGAGCCUUCCCAAUGCAUCCAUGGCCCCGCUCGAUCCGUCCCUCCUUGCUGUGCCGGCGGAUGUGAAACCUACGCGGCCGCAAUCCCGGAUCUUGCAGCUUCUGGGACAAGGUUCCCGAGCCGCGCACGGCACCACUCCGAAGUCCUGGGCUCUGCACUUCUACAGAACCCCGACCGGGAUCGAAGCACCACCAGUCGACGGCGGAGAUCUGGCUCAGUUGACGUUGGCGGAGACGACCCUGGAUGCGAGCGGGCGUGCGGUCUCAGGUGGUGCAGCUGCUCCGCUCCCCACGUCCCUCGUUCUGCCGAGUCUGGGAUUCCGAGCUGAGCCAACUACGCCCUUUUUCGACGUUACGACUGGCCACAUUCGCACUGCAGCAGGCGGUAGAGUCCUGGAUAGCAGCAAUCGGCCGGUUCCGAGAGUCUACGCUGCUGGGUGGGCCGGGCAGGGUGCGCGGGGUGUCAUUGCCGCGACUAUGAUGAAUGCAUACGACGUAGCGGAGGCUGUGCUUGCAGACGAGGCGGUGGAAACGAGCGAAUCCAGCGAAUUGGAGAUGAAUCACAAAGCUGUUGACGACGACUCAAUACCGCUGAUUUCUUCCCGAGUCGUCACGUACGAUGACUGGGCGCGCAUCAAUCAAGAGGAGAUUCGCAGGGCUGUUGAGGGCAAGGAACGAGAGCGCAUGGACUGGGCGGAGGCAGGAGUAUUCCUGAACGCAACUGUCUCUUGAUUCUCUGUAAAUUCAAAAUAUACAAGCUCGUGUAGCCAAAGGCAUAGACAGUCCGAUCGCACAGUAAUGCUUUC